AUGAAGAUUGAAGAGAUCGUCGAUAGGAUGGAAGAAGCCAGCCUCGAAGCAGAGCCCAGCACCGAGCAAGCGGCAACACCAGUCCAAGAUGUAUCUCAACCAACGAAGCCAGAAUUACCGCCCGGCAUGGCAUCCCACCGGAAGCAGACCUUUGACGAAAUCAUGGCUGACCUGAACAAGUCCCCGCUGUUCAUGACCGACAUGGAAGAAAACGACGAAAUUGCGGCCUUGCAGGCGCUCAACUACGAGGGCACGCCGCUUGAGAACGGAACCGACUUUAAGAUGCGCGGAAACGAAUGCUUCAAGGUACGAGGCUACGUGGACGCGAGGGAGUUCUACACCAAGGGCAUACAGAUUCUGUCUCUGGAGGAGCGGAAACGAACCCGCGGCGAAGUCACCAGGAACCCCGAGGGCGUAGAGGACAGCGCCGAGGAAAUCGCCGCGCAGAGAGAGGUCCUCGAGGCUCUGUACGUGAACCGCGCGGCGUGCCACCUGGAGCUGGACAACUACAGGAGCUGCUGGACCGACUGCGCAGCCGCGCUGCGUCUCAACCCGCGCAACCUGAAGGCCUGCUACCGAAGCGCCAGGGCCCUCCUGGCAGUCGGCCGCGUCGAGGAGGCCGACGAUGUUUGCGCGCGCGGGCUGGCCCUGGACCCGGACAACAGGGGCCUCAAAGAAGUCGCGGGGCGCAUCGUCAAACGGGCAGGGGAGCUCGACGCCAAGAACAAGAGGGAGGCGGACAGGAGGGCGCUGCUCAAACGGCGCGAGACGCUCCUCAGGGCGGCCCUCAAGGCGAGGGGCAUCCCGACACGGACGACAGCCCAGCCUCCCGAGAUGGGUGACACGAAGCUCGAGCUUGUGCCGGACCCAGACGACCCGCGGAGCAGCCUGGCGUUCCCGACUGUGCUGCUGUAUCCCGAGCACCUUGAGUCAGACUUCAUCAAGGCGUUUAAUGAGACGCAAACGCUCGAGGACCACCUGUCGUACGUCUUUCCGCUGCCGUGGGACAAGGAGGGCGUGUAUACCGCCGCCGGGGUGACUUGCUACGUGGAGACGAUGGGAGGGGGUGUGCUCAAGAUGGGGAAGCGGGUGCCGCUGUUGAAGGUGUUGGGCACGGGCAAGGUUGAGGUUGUGGAUGAGGUUGUGAGGAUAUUUGUCCUGCCCAACGACAAGGCCGAUGCGUGGGUGAACAAGUUCAAGCAGCAGAAGGCCGUGGAGAUGGGGAAGGGCGGUGGUUCGUGA